AUGAAAGUGAAUAUUUCGGAUUUUUUUGUUGAAAACACAAUUGUGUCAACAACUGAGCAGGAUGUGGUCUAUGAUUUGCCCAGGGACAAAGUACAGGAAGUUUGGGAUAAGCUAUCUGUUUACUACACUGAAAAAUCGCAAGAAGAGAACAGGUCUGAGAUCUUAGUUGAGGAUUUUUACAGGUUGCUGGCGCAUGCCAAAGUUGAAAAUGAAACAGCGGUUGAGGCAUUUGGGCUAGUAAAGAGAAAGGUGUUGUCUUGUUAUGAGGCGUCGGAUGCCAAAGAGCAAAAGGUGAAUAUUAAAAGAGUUAUUCUUGGCGAUGUCAUGAAUAUUUUGAAACAAAGAAUGUCGGAACUAUUAGAAAAUAUCGAGAAAGAAAAACAAAUUUACUCCAGGCUAAGCAUGAUUAAUGCAGAUGUAAAGAUAGUUGACGGAUCAUUGAGAGUUUGUACCACACCCUUCAGCUUUGUAACACUUGAGCAGAUACUUGAUGAUAAAAAUGAAGGAUUAACAUGCAUUUUAAAGUAUAAAAGCCGUGAAUAUAAGGGGCAUUGUGCAUAUCCAAAAGGUAAAUUUUGCAUCGUAGACAUUGCAAGUCUUGAGGGAACGUUUAAAAGGCACAAUGUGGAAAUAUCAAUUAAGAAUGAAUUUGCAGAUUCCAAACAUCCGAUAUGUACAGCAAUAAUAAAAGAGCUGUGCAAAGGCACUAGUAUUGAUCUGAUAUUGAAUAAUGUACACGUACUACUUUCCCGAUGGCAUUUAGAUGAGGUAUGUAAGAAUACUCUGCGAAAGUUCAUAGUUCAAACAGAUGCAAAGAAGCUGAUAGAUGGCUUCUCAUCUGUGUUUUACGUCUUGACUGAUGUUAGUGUGAUUAAAGUGUCAAGAUCCGAAUGUGAUUUUUCAAUACGUUUGAAUGGUGUUGAAGUUUUCAACUAA